CCCCUCCCCCAGGAGGUCACGAUCCCGGUGCGAGCUUCGCUCGGGCCGGCAGGGGAGGGGCCGAGGCCACGGCCACGGCAGUUGCUCGAGCCCUUGCAGCCUGAUUAUCACAUGACUGGACGGCGGCGGUAGCCGUGGCAGCAGCCGCGCCGGCUCUGCCGGCUCGCCGGGUGGGCUCAGUUCCGCUCACGCAGGAGUCGGGCGCAGAGGGCGGGGAAGGAACCUGCUGCCGCGGCGGUCGCCCAGUCGCUCCCGGAGCGCGCGGCGUCUCCCCGGGCCCGGCCGGCCCGCUCCAUGCCGCUCCGUUGCGGAAGUGUAGCGGGGGGAGGCGGCGGCGGCGGCUGCACGGAGCGCGGGAGGCCGGGGCCCGGCCCCCUGCAGCACUAGGCUCCGGGAGCCGCGCGGCGCGCCCCAGCGGCCCGGCUGCCCGUGCGCCCGGCGCCCGCCGCAGCCUGCAUGCCCCGCGCUGCGCUUCGUCCGGCCCCCGCCGCCGCCUCCUGCUCGCACCGCUGCUGCCGGGCGCCGGAGUAAUAUGCUCACCCGAGUGAAAUCUGCCGUGGCCAAUUUCAUGGGCGGCAUCAUGGCUGGCAGCUCAGGCUCCGAGCACAGCGGCGGCGGCUGUGGAGGCUCGGACCUGCCCCUGCGCUUCCCCUACGGGCGGCCGGAGUUCCUGGGGCUGUCUCAGGACGAGGUGGAGUGCAGCGCCGACCACAUCGCCCGCCCCAUCCUCAUCCUCAAGGAGACCCGGCGGCUGCCCUGGGCCACUGGCUACGCAGAGGUUAUCAAUGCCGGGAAGAGCACAUACAAUGAAGACCAAGCCAGCUGUGAGGUACUCACUGUGAAGAAGAAAGCAGGGGCCAUUACCUCAACCCCGAACAGGAACUCCACUAAGAGACGGUCCUCCCUUCCCAAUGGGGAAGGGCUGCAACUGAAGGAGAACUCGGAAUCAGAGGGCGUUUCCUGUCACUACUGGUCGCUGUUUGACGGUCACGCGGGGUCUGGGGCUGCCGUGGUGGCCUCCCGCCUGCUGCAGCACCACGUCACGGAGCAGCUGCAGGACAUCGUGGAGAUCCUGAAGAACUCGGCGGUCCUGCCGCCCACCUGCCUGGGCGAGGAGCCGGAGAACACGCCCGCCAACAGCCGGACUCUGACCCGCGCAGCCUCGCUCCGCGGAGGCGUGGGGGCCCCGGGCUCCCCCAGCACCCCGCCCACGCGCUUCUUUACGGAGAAGAAGAUUCCGCACGAGUGCCUGGUCAUCGGGGCUCUUGAAAGUGCGUUCAAGGAAAUGGACCUACAAAUAGAACGAGAGAGGAGUUCAUAUAAUAUAUCUGGUGGCUGCACAGCCCUCAUUGUGGUUUGCCUCUUGGGGAAGCUGUAUGUGGCAAAUGCUGGCGAUAGCAGGGCCAUAAUCAUCAGAAAUGGAGAAAUCAUCCCCAUGUCUUCAGAGUUUACCCCUGAGACUGAGCGCCAGCGACUCCAGUACCUGGCAUUCAUGCAGCCUCACUUGCUGGGAAACGAAUUCACACAUUUGGAGUUUCCGAGGAGAGUACAGAGAAAGGAACUUGGAAAGAAGAUGCUCUACAGGGACUUUAAUAUGACAGGCUGGGCAUACAAAACCAUUGAGGAUGAUGACCUGAAGUUUCCCCUUAUAUAUGGAGAAGGCAAGAAGGCCCGAGUAAUGGCAACUAUUGGAGUGACCAGGGGACUUGGGGACCAUGACCUGAAGGUGCAUGACUCCAACAUCUACAUAAAACCAUUCCUGUCUUCAGCUCCAGAGGUAAGAGUCUACGAUCUCUCCAAAUAUGAGCAUGGAGCAGAUGAUGUGCUGAUCUUGGCCACCGAUGGACUCUGGGAUGUUUUAUCAAAUGAAGAAGUGGCAGAAGCCAUCUCUCAGUUUCUUCCUAACUGUGAUCCAGAUGACCCUCACAGGCUGGCUUGGUUUUGCUUACCAGCCCACCUCUCUCCAUGGCAACAAAUCUGCCCUCCAGGGAGCAGUAACCCACGGACAGUGUUGUCGCUGGGCAGGUGCACACCAGGUACACACUGGCAGCUCAGGACCUGGUGAUGCGUGCCCGCGGUGUCCUGAAGGACAGAGGAUGGCGGAUAUCUAAUGACCGGCUGGGCUCAGGAGACGACAUUUCUGUAUAUGUCAUUCCUUUAAUACAUGGGAACAAACUUUCAUGAAAACGGCCCAGAGGGUUGGGAGGACAACAGGGGAGAAAACUGGGACAUGUCUUGGCAGGGCAGAACUGGGAAGUGCCCCAGCAGAGUUCCAGGUGAUGCAACCUCUUCCCAGGCCAGGUGGGGGAUUUGCUGCCGAAGGCUACUGGCUGUACUUCUGGGGGACCCUUAGAUUUCAGUUUCCUCUUUAGUAACAGGUCUGGAUACUCAACAAGAGCAAAACAUAAAGGCUGCUACUGAGUACUGUGUUUCUUUUGGUUCCUUUAAUAGGCCUCCUAGGUGGCCACCACCUAAUUUUGGGCACACACAUCAUAUUUAUUUGGAGUAGCUGGGGCAGCCAUUUUCAGGUGUAACUGGCAGGAGAUUCUUCGGCCUAUCAAGCUGCCAGCUUCUCUACGGGUUAAAAGUGCUGCAUUGGAAAGUUGGGGAUCAUGUCUCAGAAAGUGUAAACACCCAUCUUCUAGUAAGCCUGAGAUUUAUUUCAGGGAAUGCUGUGUGUGUGUGUCCCUCUCUUCAUUCUUUCGUGGUUAUGGUGGGGAGAAGCAGGGAUUUUUUUCUGUUUGAUAUUCCUUGAAUCUUAAUUGUUUCCCUUCCAUAAAACAGGCCUGGGACUUUCCAGCUCCUUGCUGAGGAAUUUGUAUGUCAAAGUGCAGCCCAGGCUGUCCCCGUAUCCUGUAGCCCACACCACCCAGGCAGCCUUCUGGAUCAGUGCCCUGGCUGACAGAGCACUGUCUUUGUUGUGUAACAGUUUGUUCCCGGGUUGCGUUUUCUCACCAAAUCAGUGUGUUCUCAUGAAAAUAUGGGUGUUUCUUUAAACCAACAGUUUCUCUGUUGUUUUCAAGGGUCCCCCUUUUGUGGCUAGAGAUUUCUCUGAGAAUCUAGGUUUUCAUUUCUGGUCUUAUCGGCCCUCCCCACCUGCUGUGCCCUGGGGACGCAUGUAAAGCAGUGUUUAAGAGAGCAGUACAGGAAGCUCCAUGUAUCAUUCAGUUCACCAUACCUCAUGUGAUGACCAUUCCUCCAUUUUGGAUCCAGGUUCUGUGGACUGUGACUGUUCGCAGGGCCACCCCACAACAGUAAGUAUCUGCAUCCCGUCAAGGAGCGGCAGUCCUCCUUCCCCUCGUCUUUGGGCAAGACCCACUCAGAAUAGCCUUUUGAUAAAAGCGAAUUUGAAUUGAGUUGACUGGUCAUCCUCAUGCUGUGCACCCCAUUCCUUCUCCUUGGAAUCACGUCCCAGCAACUGAGGACCCCAGUUCCCACAGAUGCUCCACUUCUGAGUGUUCCUUACAAGAGCUGAAGAAGCAGUGGACAGCAGAUCUACCUGUUGCUUCCCUGCUGGGAGGAAUCACAAAGUAGUGUUCUAGAAAUCACUUCUCUCUCAGGCAGACGACUGCCCUGCACUGAGCGGCCCUGUAGAGCGACGUCCCAUUACUGAGUCUUCUUCCCGCACACUUCCUGUGGUAUCAUCACCAUCUUGACAGUUCUGCGUAAUGAAAACAUUCUUCCCACCCCACAAAGAAAAAUGUCAUUGACAUGAUUCCCUGAACUGCUGGAGAGCCACUUCGAGUUCGCAUGUUUGUUGAAUCCCUUCCCCAGAGGAGAGGACAGGAACCUUUCCUCCAGGAUAGUUAAUCACCUUCCUGGAGUUGUAGAUAUUUUAUUAGGAAAGGCCUAGAGCCUCUCUACUCAGGAAUGAACUCAUUCCACCAUGUGGAAAGGAUGCCCUGUCUGGCAGGUGAGGUACUAUGGGAAUUCACGCAUCAGCUGUUCGCCAAAAUGUUGCCCAGGGAGAAUCGGAUUACUACCUUGUCAGGGGGUCCUCUUCAUCUGACAGCCUCCCUCCUCCUCCAGUAGAUCUUAGCUACCCCAGAUGUCUCUGUGGGGACAAGUUUGUGGUAAACCAUCUGCUUCUCUGGCAGAAUGUGAUGCUAUGAGACAACAUGCAGGUACCCUACAGCAGUGUCAUCCGCUUUCUGUUCCUGCCCCGACUCAAAGUCUUGUACAAAUUGGAAACAAGAAGGUUUUUUUUGUGGGACUCUGAAUGGCCGACUUUGGGAAGCUGCCCUCACAGGCAGUCACCUCUUUCUCAUGUUCCCGUUAUCUUUCAUCUGUUUUCUCUCCUGGGCUUCUAUGUUGGUCCGACCUUGAGCUUUUCUCGUUUUAUUCGAGCCACCAGAGUCUAACUUUGGGUGUAGAUGUCAUGACAGCCUUCUACUCAAUUCACCAAUUCAUUUACUGCCAAGAAAUGUCUCAGGAAAAAUUCUAGAAACAAACCCCCCCAACCCCAACUUUUCAAUUCAUCCUAAAGUCUUGAGCAUGUAGUCCUGCUGGUUUUAGUUAGAAUGGUAUCCAGGAAUUCUUUUCAUAAGGCUCUUUGGUGGAAAGAUCUUAGUAAAAGCUGAAGCCCUAUUUCUGUUUGGGGGAUGGGAGGGACAUUACAAACGAGGUGAAUAAAUCAUAUGUGGAAAAAGUGAUUUUUUAAUGCCCAUAGCAGAUCUGCCCAGCACUGAUAUUGCUCUGUGAAUUGAGCUUACUCUGUUUGGCCUUAUUUUUCACCCAGGCCCCAUGCCAUCCCAUCCCACAGCAGUAACUAACUGUGUCUACAUAACAGGGUCGGCCCUUGGAGCAUUCCUGGAAAGGUCAAAAGGCAGUACGCUCAAAGUUCUGAAGAACAUAUUUAUAAGCGGUUCUGAAAUCUUGUGUAUCUGACUUAUAGCCACAUCUGCUUGUCCUAAUAGUCUCAGAGGAAAUCUUGUUUAAUAAAAAGCUUUCGAUUUCCUAGUCAGGCCUUUAUGGUUGCCUUGGGGUGUGUGUGGCCACUUCCUCUAAUGAAAGGCUCUUUGAGUUCUAAAUCUCUUUGUUGGGCUGGACCCUGCUCUUUGGAAUAUUUGGGGACAGUCUUUUCCUGGAAGAGAACAAACUCACCCUCCAUCCACACCCUGCAGCAUUUUGCCAGGCAACAGCCAAACCUUUGUUCUCAUGACACCUGUGGUCAGAGGUGGACUGUCUUCUGCGGUGGUUAUGCUCACCUAACGGUGGUUCUCGGGUGGGAAGGGAGAGGUGAAAAUCGGGCGAGGCCGACUACUCGGCUGUGUACUAGGACAAAGCCACGGAAAGUGGCCAUUUCAGUUACUUCCCACAGUAAACAGCUUUGGGGAAUUUGGAGUGUUUAAUUUUUUAAUUCUAGCAACUUCACCUCUUCAGCGCUGUGUGCUCACCUUUUUCUUACUCCUGAGUAUCCAUUUACUUCUUGGGAACAACUACAGUUGUAGGUAGAUAUUGGUGGGCGGAGAUGACUGUCCCGGUACCUGAAUUUGGCCUCGGAUCUUGGCCAUUAGGAUAGGAUUUUCAGUUUACCCAGAGCACUAGCAUGGAAACACUUGGAAAAAGACUCCCACAUCUUGAAAAUUCUGACUCCCCUCUUGACUGCACCUCCUUCCUCGUCUGCCAGUUAUUUUUUUUUUUUUAACAAGGCCAAGAGUAGCCAGUGGUUUCUUUCCACCACAGUUUGAGGAUCUAACCUUUCCUUAAGUGACCCCACAGCCCCACGCUCUUGGAGGGAAUAUGUUAAGCUUUUAUGAGAUUCUAUUUUCAGUAAAUUACUGCUUCGGGACACUUGGAGAAAGCAGUGAGAGUCAUUGUCUAUGCAAAGAACAACCAGGCUGACACUAAAAUUUACCAGAUGUAAGAAAAGAGUAAAACUGUAUCUGGCCGCAGGACAGAAUUUUAUGUUAGAAACUUGGGUUUUUGAGGGCUUUACCAUUGUAGAGAAACGCCGGGAGUCUGCAUACCAUAGCCCACCAUGAACAGACGUCAGUUCUGUGGGUGAUGUGGUGUCUGUGUGCACACUGCAAUAUUUCAAAGGACACUACCUGAGCAGACUGACUUGCCUCUUGUGUGAGCACUGAGGCAGCUCUUCGUGAGAUCCGAGUGCCCGUCUGCAGACUACUGCUCUUUCUAAUCCAUGAUGUUAUAUGUAAAUAGCUUUAAUUGUUCCUUAAUUGCGUCUUAGAUGAAGUUCUGUUCACGUAGCAACCAGGUAGACAGUGACCAAAUGAGGCUGUAAAAUGUGCUGUUGUUUUCUACUGUGAUGUACUUGAAGGACAGCCCUGUGUCCCCCAAUCUUUCAAUCUUCCAUCGUAUUUUGUGUUUGGGGAAUCCUCAGGUUAUUCUCCAUUUCUGUUUUGCCUCCAUUUUCUUUGCUUCUUCUGGAGACCCAGGGAGGCCCACAGUGGAGAUCAUUUGUAAGAAAUGUAUCACGGUCUGGGUUUCCAACAACGUCGUAUGUACAGUGAAUGAGAGGAAUCUGCCUGAAAAUGGUUUCAGAACCAAGUACCUUUAUGCUUUGUGAUUGUGAAACCUUGACUUUUGUAACCCAAAAAAUGAACACUGUUUAGUAAAGGGGAUCUAUUUUGUGUGUUUUGAAACUUAGGUGCAAUGUUCCCUGGACAAAGCUAAAGAAAUGUAUAUGCUCAAUGACAUUUUAAAAUAAAGUAUUAUAUAUAUGUAUAUAGGA